AUGUCGGUCAAGCAACCCAACACGAUGUCACGCAUUCUGAAACUUCUGAAAAGCAAGAGUGAGCCCGGUCUGAAGGGCAGAACUAUCAAGAAAGCUGCUCCUGGAGUACAGAUCGGUGACAGCCAGUCCUUACACAGCGGGCCAGAUCUCGGUACGAAAGACGAGGGCGUUACCUUCCCAUAUGAGUACUAUAAGCCUCGCCCUACACCCAAAAGCUUCGUCGUAGGGGAAGUCCGCAAGAUGUCGAAUAACGGCAGUUCACCUGACUCCCCCAGAAGCCAAGGUAAAAGAACCAAUCAGGAUGUAGCGACAACUUCCAACCCCGAUUUUGCUCCAAGAAACACGGGUGAUCGGCCUAAUGGAUCCAACAGCUCGCCAACACCUUCGCCCAAGUCAACAUCCUCUGAUGAAUCGAAAGCAAAUCAAUCCUCGUUGCGAACGAGCAGACAUAGUGAACGGCCGCGCAUGAACGGCGUACAUGAAGAACGAUAUUCACAUCCUACUGUUAAUCUACUUCUUGGCCAGCAAGACUCUAACUCACCGUACUUCACGCGCCGUUACUUCAGCUUCCUAGACCUCACUCACGCGGAUAGCACAUCACAGAUAUCUAACGACGCACCGCAGCACCUCUCUGAGCUCGACCCACAAGCUUUUGAUCUGUAUAAGAUCUACCUGCACAUCGGCAAGAUUGUGUUCAAGUACUCAGAGAAUGUUAAAACAGAGCAUACAUGGAUUGCGUGCUGGCCACUCAUGAACGCGCAAAUAUUGGGCUGUAUCAUCGAAGAGCCCGACUUUACCGAUAGAGUGAUGGAUGCACUGGCCGAGAAGCUUACGCCAGGUAUCUGCCCGGAUGUUGAAACCAUUCAGCAUCUAUUCGAUGACAACAGACAGAGCAUUUCUGAGGAGCUGAAGCGAUUCGUCGUCGACCGCUUUGUCGACACUCAACAGCAGUCACACAGUCUCCUUGGGACCGCAACAUACCCAGUGUCGUUCAAACAACUCGCUCUCCAAACCGCGUUACACCGUCUGUCCGGCAGUUCCAGCUCUCCAGCAAAGCCAGGCUGUCACUAUCACGUUCAUGGUACCAGUGAAGCUUGCUACAAGACAAGGCUAACUGCGGUCGACACAUUGAAAGAACGGCGGCUUGCCGAAGCUCGCGAGUCGUCUGCCAGGGACGCAGAGAUAGUCGCAGCAAACAUCAUGCACAACGGUGUCAAAAGUGUUGACUGGGAGAAACGCAGGGCGGAUGCAAAUCGAGCUUUGAGGAUCGAGACCGGAAGAACAUGGAUGGGGUUUAGGAGAUUGGAAGGUGGGAAGCCCAUGGAGGAUCCAGUCAACACAGCAAAGCCGAUUCCUAACCAGAUCAAUGGCGAGACAACAUACAAGUACGAUUCAGACUGCUUGUCAAACGAUCAUGGAAAGGUCCCAUUGAUGAACGGAACGAUGUCAACCUUCGAUCUCACCAGGACGCCGAGCAACUCACCUGUGCUGCAGAACGGAGAUCACGGUGUUAGUCAUACUGCGACUACUGUCUCAGUCAUGCAAGCUAAUGGCGAGUUGCUGCGUUCGGCGACUACUGACUCUUACACGAAGUCGCCUGGUCAUGAUUUGCGCGGCUUUCCUCCGGCAGAGCUCGAGGGCAGCAGCGUGAAGGUUGCCCCUUGUCUGAUGAACAUCACAUCGGCAUACGAACGUGGUGUCAACCGAGUACCAAAUAUUGGAGGUCAAACCUCGUCGAACUUGGUGGUGAACGGCGCGAGUCACACUGAUGCGAACACAUCCACCUCGAGCGGCAGCACAUCAGCGUCAGACCGCCCCGUCGAGCAGCUAGGCACAAAGUACGAGAGGUGGGUGAAGUGUCCUGGAGCGUAUCCAGAAUCCAAUUUGGACUCGUGA